GGCCCCUUGCUGAAUGAAGUGGUGUUGUUGCCUCAGGACACUUUUCUCUUGACGUGUGAGGUCCCCUGUCGCAUAACCAUUGACGUCUCUCUGUCUCCAGGUUUAAGGCUGGGCAACUUCAAGGCUCACUCACAGUUGGCCGUAAGAGGCUGAGGAAACUCAUGAGUGCGUAGGCAUCGGGAAGUGAGGACGGGGCCGGAAAGUUGUGGGGGUGACCUGAGGUGGCGUCCACUAGCACGAGGGGCCCUGCGUAGCUGGCUGCCACGAGAGGCAUCUUUCUCUUCCGUGAGAUUGAGUGUCCUGUUCAAUUCAGAGUCUCAUUCCAGUUUAAAGGUGGCAGCUCCGCGCUCGGGGCUCCUCUGACUGCCCGGGGUUGGCUGAAUGCAGGCGAAAGGCGAGGACCAAGUAUGUCACAUACUUGGGGGUUACCUGGUCGGGUAAGACAACCCCAUACCCCAAACACCGGCCUCAGUCGGGCCACAGGAGUGGGCAGAGCAGCAAUGUAGGGGGCCGGGACCACGGCUACAUGCUGGCUACAAUGCGUUACAACAGGUGUGAGACGUUACAAGAUGUAACCAGAGUCUUCGAGCACCACAACCACUGUUCUGGGUCUAGAACAGCCGUGUGUGACCUACGGGACCCCCUUGGACAUGGAUUGCUACUAAGGCCCAUGAAGUCCAGGAAUGGGCCAUUAAAAAUACCAAACACUGGCUUUUCCACCUGCUUUACAAACUCUGUCACUGCCAGGCUGUUUAAAAGAGCACUUAAACAUUGAGAGGGGAAUUUGCUCUCAGCACGUGGACCAGGAGGCUGACUUGAGCCCUGUGAGCUAUCACUGAGCAUCCCAUGAUCAUCGUCCCAGCACCCACGCCGUGUUAACCCAGAACUGUAGUCAACAUCAUCUGAGCUCAACUGUCAAUACCAAAGGAUCGUUGCCAACCAAGAACGACCUUUUGCCCUUCAAAUGGGAUCUGCCCCCUGUUGAGCCUGAGACUGGCAGGUCACUCCUGCACGGGACAGCCCACCAUGGCCUCAGACCACCAGACCCAAGCGGGCAAGCCGCAGCCCCUCAACCCCAAGAUCAUCAUCUUUGAGCAGGAGAACUUCCAGGGCCACUCACAUGAGCUCAACGGGCCCUGCCCCAACCUGAAGGAGACUGGCGUGGAGAAGGCAGCCUCUGUCCUGGUGCAGGCUGGACCCUGGGUGGGCUACGAGCAGGCCAACUGCAAAGGGGAGCAGUUCGUGUUUGAGAAGGGUGAGUACCCCCGCUGGGACUCGUGGACCAGCAGUCGGAGGACGGACUCGCUCAGCUCCCUGAGGCCCAUCAAAGUGGACAGCCAGGAGCACAAGAUCACCCUGUAUGAGAACCCUAACUUCACGGGGAAGAAGAUGGAGGUGAUAGACGAUGACGUGCCCAGCUUCCACGCCCAUGGCUACCAGGAGAAGGUGUCUUCCGUGCGGGUGCAGAGUGGCACGUGGGUCGGCUACCAGUACCCCGGCUACCGUGGGCUGCAGUACCUGCUGGAGAAGGGUGAUUACAAGGACAGCGGUGACUUCGGGGCCCCCCAGCCCCAGGUGCAGUCCGUGCGCCGCAUUCGGGACAUGCAGUGGCACCAGCGGGGCGCCUUCCACCCCUCCAGCUAGUGCCCCUCCCUUGCCUCCUUCCCAGGGGCCUGGCCUCUGCCCAGCAUCCCACCAGACAUCCUGGAGAGUGAAUAAAGUGUGACUUGCAACUUA